AUGCUUCCAUUUGUUUUAUUGUUUGUGACAACUAUGGCCUGUUCCAUUUUUUCGCAAGACUCGAUGAUGUUUAUAGAUCGAAUGCUAGAACAAUUUUCUGGCACAAAGCGACCAAAACCUUCCAUCAGCAAACCCAAGUGCCCAAGAGAGCUUAACGCAUCAUGGCUGUUAAGGCCACCGUUUACGAAAACUUCUGGUAAAAAUGCAAAUGAAGUAGGAGGAAUGUUCCACUACGUUUUUGAUCUGGCUUUGAACAAGUGUUGCGCCAAACUUAAAGCAGGAAACAAAUCAAGAAUCAAUUUCAAAACACAACCACUAAACAGACCCCAACUUCACGACCUUGUCCUCAAUAAUGAUCACGUUCAUCUUAUUCUUCCCGUGCAAAGCGAUGAGGACAAAUUAUACAAAAUGACCCUGCCUUUCAUCAAAAUUUUGGAUUCUCCUGGAGUCGUCCUUAUCCAAAGAUCUAAUCUAACACGGCAUUCAUCAUGGAUGAUGAGUAAUAGGGAAAUUUGGAGUGUCAUUAGCAGCUGUCUUCCCAUCAUUGCCUUAACAAUUCUGUUGUCGUUUGUAGUAGGAAUAUUUGUCUGGAUGAUGGUAAUUACUAAACAUAAACUGGACCGUCUCAGUGAAAUAUUGAUUUUCCCACUUUCUUGUUUUGCCUUUAAAAUGCGUUUACUUGGUAAAAUACCUUAAUCGUUUACCGGGUGCCUGACGAAUUUUCGACCGUUUAAAAAUUCAUGCGUUUAGGUGUUCCGUUCACACGGAACCUGAGGUACUCUAACCAUAAACACCUAGCCGUUCAGAAAUGUGGAACCCCAAAAUGUAAUAACUAUUGGUAGCCUGCGAAAACAGCUGUUUCUCGGCUGUUUUCGCAGGCUACAAGGUUGGCGAUUUUUUUAAAGCAAGUUGCGAAAAUAACGAAAAAUCGCAAGUCUGACGAUUUUCCUCGUUAGUUGCGAUUGUUCGCAGUUCUUUGUCAUGUUAAUGAUCAUUAAAGUCCAGACCGAGUUGCCGAUUUGACAAUUUGCGAAAAUUGCAAGAGCGAAAAAAUUGCCGGGUUCCGUGUGAACGAAGUGUUUGGUCAAAUUUUUCAGCCGGUCGAAAAGUCGUUCAGUGACGUGUGAACAUAGGCCGUCGUUCUCUACUUACUUAGAUUAAGGAAAGUAGUUAGUUGAGCGCUGUUAAUUAGAUAUAAACUCUUACGUUUCGGCAAUAAUUCCCUCAUCAGGAAAAAAUAUGCAAAUACGUUUAAAGCUAUAAAAGGCACUUGAAAGACAUAACAACUUAGAAGUAAAGCCACCAUAUGCAAUUUAAUCUUAGCCGAAUGAUUGAGACAUGUCCUGCUAAAUUCAAACAGGAAAUGAAGACAAAUACGGAGGAGUUCGGUAAGCCUUUUCAUCGCGGGAUUUUUGAUGGCUUCUGGUGGGCUUUUGUUACCAUGUCAACAGUCGGGUAAGCACAUCUGUUCAAUGUAACGGCGGCCAUGCAUGUUUUUGUAUCCUGAUUCCAAACUUGCGGAUCAACAAAGGAAAUAGGAUACGUCGGCACGCAGGCUGAAAGACUAGGGAAUGAAUGUUAAGUUACCGAGGAGAAGGGGCUCUGGCUUAUAAAGCGUUCUAUAACUUUUGAAGGCCGGUGCUGGGCGUUCAUCUGCUGUGGUUCAAUUUUAUCUCAAUUUUGCUUUGCCUUUUGGUAAUGUAUUAUUUGACUAGUCUCUAGGCCUCAUUAUUACGCGCGGCCGAUGCGUUUGCGGCCACGUGGUCGGAGCGAGUUGUUUUCUCCCAGGCCUGCUCCCAGCAGUUCGUCUUCUAUACGUCACCGAAAUGCAUUGACGGAGAGGGCCUGGGGAGACGCCAUACGCCAUACGCCGUUCGUCUCGGAUAGGCAAAUGUAAUAUGAUGAGUUUGAAACAAUGGGAAAUAUUAUUUAAACCAAGGGAUAAGAUUGAAUCAUCUGAACGAUUUAAGCGCUUUUCUUCCCACUGAAAUGUAAAAUGAUUGAUCUUAAGUAUAUUAAUUAGAAGUUUCAAUUUCGCAUCAGAGCUGGAAGACAAUACGGAUAAUACAGUUUAAAAGGAAAUUAAGUGAAGAAAAUGAAAAUGACCCAUGGUAAUUAGGGUGGGUAAGCCUUAUAAAAUUUCUAGAGUGCCAGCAGAUGAUAGAGUUAUGACACAGUGCGAGCACAAACUUUGAAAUUUCAUAGCGUAAGAGCAUAGACUAAAUAAAGAGAUUAGUACGUAUUGAACGUUAGAAGACUUAUUGCAUGCAAGAUAAACGUCAUAUCUCAAGGCGGGGACAGAUGUAUUGAGAACUGUUGCUAGUUAUAUUUUUUAGGUUGGAUUCAUUUGUAGCUGUUUCAUUUGCCUGUUGAAAUUUUUUAUUAUAUUCAAAUUCGACAGUUAUACGCGUAUGUUGCACUAUAAAUCCACCCUUACUUUCUUCUUUUGCCUAUGGAAAUAAUUUCAACAAGGACACGAACGAUUAAGUGAUGAAUCCCGAGAAAACCAAGAUAUUUUUAUGUGUUUGGCUGCUCUACUAUGUUAACAAUUUUUACUGAUUCGCGAACGGAGGCGAAUGGUUAAUGUGGUGCUUGAGAAGUUUUCUUUUGUCUUAAAGGUUUAAAAAAAGAGCGAUACACAUUUUGAAUCCAUAUGGUUACAAGCUUUUCUUUCGCCUCAAUGGGCAAAUCAGCGACUCAUGGUCAAACUAUAAGCUGAAUUUCUUACGUCAACCGGAAGAGUUUUGACGCAACGAUCACACUUUACGUCUCAACGGGCGAAUGUGGUACCGAAGUCGCUCAGUAAGACGCAAAGCUUAGUGGUUUAAUUGAGCAGCCACACACAUAUAACCCUCUCGUCUUCCUCGAGAUCUAUCACUAAAACGCCCUGGAUCGAGAUCGUGAUGAAUACUUCAGACAAAUAAAGAGAUCCAGAAAAUAAAAAAGCACAUACUAAACGUUCACCUAGCCUCGCCUAAGGCUCGCGAGGCUCGCCAUAGCAAUAAACCAAGCCAAGGACCGACCGCGAGUAUCCCCAAAGAAAAAAUUUACUUUAAUGAAUCUUUUUUCUUCAGUCAAUUUUUUAUGACUCCAGUCGCAUAUAUAAAAAUGCCGGAAAAGUGGUAUCUUACACAAAUUAUGGCAGUAGAGCCAUUUUAAAUUUUUUCAUUAAAAAUUUUAAAUGCAUUAUUUUUCGAAGAUAUGGCGACAAGACUCCGAAGUCUGUAGCUGCUCGGCUGUUCGCUGUGGGUUGGAUAAUGAUUGGUGUAACCAUCUGUUCAAUUCUGACGGCCACAUUGUCCAGUGCUUUGACAAGCGUUACAGUGGAGAGUGUUGGUGUGAUCGCAGGAAUAAAGGUACAUAUAUAAUGCAUUGCCGGAUCCAGACCUUGAGGUAAGGGGGGGCCAGGUCAUCCAGAUCCUUAAAUAAGGGGGGGGGGCGGUCUCCAGAAAAAUCCUUUUUCGGCCCUUCGGGCCUCCUUUCGGUCUAAAAAUAAGGGGGGCGGGCCCCUCCCCUGGAUCCGCCACUGUAAUGCAAUGAGAAUUCAUUUCUUGUCGUGCUCGACUUGAUGCUAAUAACCUCAUCCUAACAGAGAGCAUUGGCAAUUCUCCUUAUUUUAUAGGUCGGUGCCACAAGAGAUAGCAUCGCAUUGCAGAAAGCGGCGAACCUUGGUGCGAACGUAAGAGGUGAUUGUCUUUUGACACCAAAACUACGGUACUACCCCGCAAGUAAGAACCUAAUUUAAAAAAUCUGUUAGGCUAAAAUUCGUCGAUUUGUUAGCCCCCCUCUGUACAAGAACCUUUUUAGCCUAAGGUUUUGAACAGGUUCUCAUUUUGUUAUGGAAUAAUGUGUAUUGAAGGGGAACUUAGUUGGAUUGGAUCAUUUGAUUAGUGCUUUAAUUUUUCUUAUUUUUAUUCAUUUUUAAUGAUUUUUAUUGGCAAGCAAUUUUUUGACAAAGAGUAGGGUGAAUAGCACUAGCUUCUUCCAACUACAAUGUAAUUUUUAUUCUUCAGAAAAGAAGAACCUUUUUAAGAACCCAAAUAGCCUAACUUUGUGUAAAUUUGUUCAGGUUAACUCGCGGGGUAGUGCUGUAUCUCAGAUCUGUCUGCAGUUUACAGAGACUCGCGGUGUCAUAUCUAUGUCCGGGUAUACUGAUUAUAUUUUAUAUGUACUCAGCUUUUGAAGACCUUAAUGAGGUCUACGACGCCUUAACUAAGGACGAGUCGAUAGAGGGAAUGAUGGAGGAAGUGUUUACAGCCAUGGAAUACAUCAAGAAAAGGAACGAUCCUUUGUUAACUGUCGUCCAUUUCUUUGAGGAGAAGCAUGGCUAUGGAGUGGCAUUCAAAAGCAAUCCUUUUGGGGAAGAAAGCAACCUGGACAACUGCAUCAAGAAAGUUGUCCAAUUCAUUGUAAAAGAUGACAAAUAC